AUGGCCGCCAGCCAAGGAGCUGUCUCCUUCGAUGCCAUCAUUCAAGCGGACCGAAAAAAGAGGAAGAAUGAAGAACUCGCAAGCAAAAUUUUGGGAAAGAGCAGAAAAACAGCCGCAGGCUCAGGUGCGGGUAACAAGCCUCAGAAAGCGACACCAGGCAGUCUAGCGAGCCGGAUUGGCGUGACAAAAAAGCCUGCCGCCGCAAAUGUCCCCAAACCUACAAAAAAGAACAACCGCACUCCCUCAGCCCCAGCACGACCAGUACCUACACAACCAAAACGCGUCAAUAAACGCCGCCCAGAUGAGGAUCGCCUUCUCUCCGCUCUUAAUCCUGCGAGCGGACAGGCUACAGUUCGCGACAAUCAGGUCGGAAUGACCAUUCGGGGAGCAGGGUCGGGGCCUUUCGUUGUCGUCGGGAGCAAUUUUGCCCCGGGCACUACGGCUGCAGACAUUCAGUCUGCUUUAGAACCUGUCUCUGGGCCCAUCAUGAGCUGUUGGAUCACCUCGCAACACCCUACGGUUACUGCCGAGAUCACGUUGGCGGAGAAAUGGUCAGCAGAGAAUGUCAUUGCCAACUUCCACAACCAGAGGGCUGAUGGCAGGAUCAUCUCGAUGCGCAUGAAGCAGUCGACUAUCGGAUCGGCGCCCUUCGCAAGCGCUCAGAAACCACAAUCAUCAUUCGACGACCUUCGCGAGCAAGCGGAGCGCGAGCGUCACAUGAACCGCCGCGCAGACCCCAUCGUGCAAGAUGGAAACUACGGAUUUGGCGAAAAGGCCAAUCAGGGUCUAGGUCGCGACGAAUCAGCGGGCAGUGGUCGUUACAACAGGCGCAAUGCCAGAGGCAACAGGACACACGGAAGAGGUGGCAGACAGGCAAAUCAAAAUACACAAGAGACCGGUCUUUACAGCGAUCAAAUGAUGGUUGACGGGUCUACACAGAAAUCUGGAAACAGAAGCGGACGACACUGGUAA